AUGGCGGGUAAGACCUGUCUUUCACGUGAUGAAUAUACAGUUGGAUGGAUCUGCGCCUUACCACUGGAAAUGGCCGCUGCAACAGUUAUGCUCGAUGAGGUGCACAGGACUUACCCAAGCAACCAUAUUGACCACAACGAGUAUGUUCUUGGACAUAUUGGGGAACAUAAUAUUGUGGUUGCAUGCCUGCCUAGCGGCGAAUAUGGAAUUGCACCUGCUACUACGGUAGCUAUGCAGUUGUUGUCUAGUUUCCACUCAAUUCGCUUUGGUCUUAUGGUCGGAAUUGGAGGAGGGGUCCCGAAGGAGGAUAAGGAUAUCCGACUUGGUGAUAUCGUGGUCAGCAUGCUCAACCGUCCGCCUCCGAGUCUCUUGACGGCGCUUUCUAAACUAAAAGCGACUCAUUACACAAAACCAAGCCAAGUGAUGAAUUUUCUUGCUGAGAUUGAGCAGAAACUACCAACAGAACAAGCUGCAAAUUUUGCUCGUCCUACACAGACAGAUCAUCUAUUCCUUGAUAACUAUGACCAUACCAACAACCACACCCAACCUUGCAAUGGCUGUGAUACAACCCAAACCGUACCGCGUCCUGUGGUGAAAGACAGUCAACUACGGGAUAAGCUUGGUCGCGAAUUGGGUGUUCUCUGUGUGGAGAUGGAAGCGGCGGGACUCAUGAACAACUACCCAUGUCUCGUAAUACGUGGAAUCUGUGAUUAUGCAGACUCACACAAAAAUAAGGAGUGGCAGGGACACGCCGCGGCAGUGGCAGCAGCAUAUGCGAAAGAAUUGUUACUCACAGUGUCUGCGGAUCAGACCAGAAACACAAGAGUCAUAACGAAUGUGCCAUCUUCGCCCACAGUAAGCGGCCACUGUCUCAUCAUAAUAUAUGUCGAUCUUAUCUAA